CGUAGAGAUAUCUGUGUGCGGGCGGUCGUCAUUUUAAAGAUAAUUCGUAUGAAUUAUUAAAUGAAGGUGCUAUAAAGUGUUAAUUUUAUGAAAAAACUGUAGGUUAUAAAUUGUUAAAUAAUGAUCUUGCUGGAGAUCAAUAAUAGAAUUAUAGAAGAAACAUUAACAGUUAAAUAUAAAAAUGCACUGGCGCGUUUAAAGCCUGAGUCCAUAGAUGUGACCGUAGCAGAUUUUGAUGGAGUACUUUUUCAUAUAUCCAAUGUCAAUGGAGAUAAAACCAAAGUUAGGGUUAGUAUAUCGUUGAAGUUUUACAAGCAAUUAGAGGAGCAUGGAGCGGAUGAACUGCUCAAAAGAGUGUAUGGCCCCCUCCUCACUGAAACAGAGACAGGUUACAAUGUAUCCGUCUUACUGGACAUGGAGAACAUUCCGGAGGACUGGGAGGCGAUUGUCAAGAAGGUCGGCUUGUUGAAGAGGAACUGCUUUGCAUCAGUGUUUGAGCGCUACUUCAGGUUGCAGGAGGAUGGUGAUGUCAGUCACAAGCGGGCCGUUAUCAACUACCGACAGGAUGAAACACUUUAUGUAGAAGCACAAGAGGAUCGGGUGACGGUGGUGUUUUCGACAGUGUUCCGUCAUGAGGACGACAUGGUCAUCGGCAAGGUUUUCAUGCAGGAACUCAAAGAGGGCAGAAGAGCUUCACAUACCGCCCCACAGGUUCUAUUUUCACACAAAGAGCCACCGUUAGAGCUUGUAGACACAGAUGCGAAAGUAGGAGAGAAUAUCAGCUAUGUCACAUUCGUGUUGUUCCCUCGACACACGUGCGAGGCGGCGCGCGACAACACCAUAGACUUGCUGCACAUGUUCCGAGACUAUCUGCAUUAUCACAUCAAGUGCUCUAAGGUGUACGUGCACUCGCGCAUGCGCGCCAAGGCGGGCGAGCUGCUCAAGGUGCUGAACCGCGCGCGCCCGCAGCCCGCCAACCGGCCCACCGAGCGGAAAACCAUCUCUGGCAGAACGUUCGUGAGGCGAGACUGAUCGCGCGCCGCCGGCCGGCGGGCGCCGCACCGACCUGACGCGGUCAUUCCCCUACAUUCAUAUUGUGUUGUUGCAACAUUGUUCAAACGUACCGUAUUUAUUUUAUAUUCCGUCUGUAAAUUUUCAUUUUAACGAUCUCAUGUUAUCCAUGUGGUGUUUUUUUAUGAGCACGGAUGAUUUAUCCGCUUUUGAGGUUUUAUAAUUGUUUCAUUUGUUUUUUUUUUUAAUGUCACAUUAAAUUUGUAAAAUUUUUACACUUGAAAUUUGUAAUUUAGAAGCAAUUUUAUCAGUUAACAUACCCCAGUUAGUACUACGUAUUAUUUUAUGUACAAGAAGACAUCAAUGUUAUAGGAAUGAGCGCGUUAUCAACAAUAUGACUCCACAAUGUGCGUAUUUCUUAAUAUUAAAUGUAUCGUGUACUCAUUGAAAACUAAAUACAUACUACAAAUCAGGUCACAAAGCUGUGAAUAGAACACUUAUUUAUCCGUUGCAAUACCAUCAAUUGCCAAAUAAUUAUGCUCAAUACUGGAUGUAUCAUAUUGGUUUGUGAGAUGUGCACAUUGUAACAAAUAUUUAUUAUCCUGUAAAGCCUAACCUAGUGAUCAAAAUGUUUCUGUAGACUUGUUAACAAAAUUAUUCUUUAUGAGAGUUUAUAUUAUAUAGAGGUGGCACUGCGUUCGCGAAUCGGGUUCCUAAUUCUUAUUGUAUGUGUACAGUCAACGUCAAAAGUCAGUUGUUUUCCCCACUGCGGCCGGUGUACAUCCGAUUUAGAGUUUGACGUUGAGUGUACACGUUGACAAAUGAUAACGUUUAUUACCAGUAGUGUCCAUCCUGUGAGUUUGUUUAGCUUAUGUAAUUUUGUUGUAAGUGACGCAAUCACCGAUCCUCGUAUAGGGUAUAUAAUAUAUUAUUAUGUAUUAUAGCGUAGCCUAUAUAGUUUCGAUUGCAAUCUUGUAAAAAUGUAUAUCGCCGGACGUCAGACAGGUAUUGCACAAAGUCCCACGGAUGAUUCCUUAAAAUUUUGUUUCGUGUGUAUUAGUUACAUAUACAUAGUUGCAAUAUACGAACAAUAAUAAUUUUAAUGAAAUGAACUCGUUUACGUUUUAGGUAGGUCGCAUUCAAUUAUUAACGUGUAAGUGAAAGUGUAUAAAUAUCUCGAUAGUUUGUUUCAUAGACGAGUGACUUGGAUCAAUAUGGCCUUAUUUACCGAGAAACUUUUCGAUGAUUCCGAUUUCUUGAAAUCAGCUAGUGUCGCUAGAUUAGGCCUCGGUACGUCGUACCGAUGUUUAGAAGUGCAAUUCGAUGUUCCAUUCGCAUUUGUUUCGCGCUCUACUCGUUGAAUUUUAAUAAAAUUUUAUCACACAAAUCGAACGUAGCGUCAUAGAUUCUGGACACAUUUUUAUAUUAAUUAUGGUGAUGUUUCGCACUGGAAUAUUUCAGGUUGCUCAAUGACAUCGUGUGUAAUGUUCAUUCAAAUUUCUGAAACGUAGUUAUUUAAAAGUUUCUACACGGCUGGGUUUUAGCAAUGGUCACCUUUGUUUGUAAUGAACACCAUCCGCUUUACGUUCCGGCUUAUCGAGUUUGAACAGCAAUUACAUAUGAAAAACUAAUAUCCCACCUAACAGAGAUGACUUCAACAGUAAAUCUAGUUGUGUAGACCUUCUAGAAAUAGGUGAAAAUGUGUUUUGUGGUGUCAAUGACGACUCAUGGACUGAACGUUUAGGUUUAAAUUAUCGUCCGGGUGUCAAAGGAUUGUAUAAAACUAAGUCAUAUUUUAAACAAAACGCCGACAAAUAUGUAAUAUUAAUAUAUCAUGACAGAUUGAACAGGCCCUGAGUGGAAUGCGAUGAGCGUGUAGAAACAAUUUAAACUAUUUAAAAUAAUAUUAUUAUGUAGCUAACUUGAAUUUUAUGUAAUUUUUUAUUUGCAAGAUGUAUUAUUUAUGUAUUAUAAUGUAAGUUAAAUGUUGCUUUAAAGUUAUCGCUUACAAUUCGACUAUUGUUUUUACUGUCAGUUUUAUGCGAGAUUAUGUAAACUGCGGAUACUAAAGUUAUUUGUGAAUAUGUAAUUAAUCUUGUGAUCUAAAAUCCGUUUAUACUGUAUUUUUUAUUUUCUAGAUUAAACAAAACAUCUUAAUGCAGGAAA